CAAUUUUAACCAGCAUCACAAUAGAUGGCCAUGGACGAUUACUUUGCGUUUCUUUAUCAGUCCUUUGACAUUAAAAUUCAUUUUUCUUUACACACGAUGACAACACAAACAAUCUUUUAAGGAUUUUGAGCUAAAAAUAGCUGUAGGAGGUUUCAAGCUACCUUCUCUCCUCUUCAGACACGACGAUUUGACCAACCCUUGUUUCUCUCCCUCUUCCUUCCAUAAAUACCAUACAAUACAACAUAUAUCUCGCUUAUAUACUGCACACCCUUCUCGCAAGGUUAGGAUCAUUUCCCUGCCCCUACUCUCUUUUCAAUAUUUCUGUGCCUUCUUCGUCGACCAAGAUGAGUGAUGAAACGAAAACACAAGAAAAUGAAGUUGUUGAAGCUAAGCGCCAAGCACCCCGUCUGAACGAGAGAAUCCUUUCAUCCUUGUCAAGGAGAACUGUUGCUGCACAUCCUUGGCAUGAUCUUGAAAUUGGGCCUGGAGCUCCCCACAUUUUCAAUGUUGUGGUUGAGAUAACAAAAGGAAGUAAGGUCAAAUACGAACUGGACAAGAAGACAGGACUAAUCAAGGUCGAUCGGAUUUUAUAUUCCUCGGUGGUCUAUCCCCACAACUAUGGUUUCAUCCCUCGCACAUUAUGCGAAGACAAUGAUCCCUUGGAUGUUUUGGUACUCAUGCAGGAGCCUGUCCUUCCUGGCUGUUUUCUGCGAGCCAGGGCUAUUGGACUUAUGCCCAUGAUUGACCAGGGAGAGAAAGACGACAAGAUUAUUGCGGUUUGUGCUGAUGAUCCAGAGUACAAGCACUACACUGACAUCAGGGAGCUGGCCCCUCAUCGUCUUUCUGAGAUCCGCCGUUUCUUUGAAGAUUACAAGAAAAAUGAGAACAAGGAGGUUGCAGUUAAUGACUUUUUACCUUCAAAUUCUGCUGUUGAAGCUAUCCAGUACUCAAUGGACCUUUAUGCUGAGUACAUUCUGCACACGCUGCGGCGGUAGACGCCUGACAUGGCCGUGUUCCAUGUUUUUCCAUUGAGGGAAUUCCUUUGAUUGUAAUAAGGGGAUUAUCAACCAUCAUUUAAGAUUAUGUUCAAACUUCAAUUUGGACUUUAUGUGAUUUGAAUUGUUUAUGGCGCUUGUUUGUUUUAAACAAUGCUGCAAGAUCAUUUAUGUCAGUCUUGAUCAAGGAGAUUGGAUACGAUGAAGUAAUCGUCAAUAAAACUUUUGCUCUCCUUAGUAA